AUGCGUCUACAACCGGCCUUCGCCGCCCUCCUCGCCCCCCUCGCACUCGCCCAACAGCUGGCCAUGACAAACCCCCCCUCCGACGCCAUCGCUGCCUCCCACGGCCCUCUCCAGAACCUCAUCAUCACCGUCAAUCUCUCCAACGACAAGCUCGCAGAGGUCAAGACACAUUUCAAGCAGGUCCAUGUUUAUGGAGAUGGGGAGAAGGUGCCGAAGGAGAUUGCGAAGGAAGUGGAAGUGUGGUACUCGAACAAUCUCGGCGUACCCGAUUAUAUUGGGGUGGACGAUGUCCCCGAGCUUAAACUUGUACAGCUCACCAGUGCUGGCGCCAAUCUUGCUCUGAAGGGCCCGUUACUCGGCGACAAGGACGCUCAGAAGAGGAUUGCGAUUUCGUCUGCCUCCGGUAUCCAUGUAUUGAGCAUCCCUCAAUGGAUCCUUUCGCAGACUAUCAACUUGUAUCAGCACAUUUAUCUGCAGACUUUCAACCUCCGCACAACCAAGAAGUACUCUCGAGACGUCCCCGAGCUUCCCAUCCCAUUCGCUUUGUCGGGCAAGACGCUGUACGGCAAGACUGCCGGCCUUCUCGGCUACGGUCAUAUCGCUCGCGAGACUGCCCGACUUCUCAAAGCUUUCAACGUCAACGUCAUCGCUGCCAACUCCAACGGCGAGAAGAGGGACGACGAGGGGUAUAUCAUCCCGGGUACUGGGGAUCAAGAUGGCAAGUACUGGUGGCGAUCUAUCCCUUCUGCGUACUAUUCUACCAACGACCCCGAGUCUUUCAAGACGUUCUUGAACCAGACCGAUAUCCUCAUUGCGAGUUUGCCUUCGACGCCUCAGACUCAUUAUCUGCUCAACAGAGAGACCUUUUCUCAGCUGAAGGAGGGUGCUGUGUUUGUCAACGUUGGACGAGGUGAUCUUGUCAAGACUGAGGAACUCAUCGCCGCCCUCGACGACGGCUCUCUCUCCGGUGCCGCCCUCGACGUGACCGACCCCGAACCUCUCCCCGACAACGACCCCCUCUUCACCCACCCUCUCGUCACUUUUACGCCGCAUACGUCGAGCAAUGUGGAGGGGUACUUUGAUGUGGGCGCGGAUUUGUUGGUGGAAAAUGUUAAGAGAAUUAGGGAGGGGGGGAAGGUGAUUAAUAGGGUGGAUCCGGAGAAGGGGUACUAA